GAUCGAGUUCUGAUUGUCAGGAUAAUUGCCAAGUGCCAACUCCAAACUUUCGGUACUCCGUGGACCCAAGAGCAUAUGCCAAGCUUGUAACAUGUCUGUUGUUGAAAAAGAAGCGUUGAAUGACCUCAUCAAGCAGCAAGGCGAUAUUGUGCGAUCGCUGAAGGCCGAGAAAGCCCCGAAAGAAAAGUUUGACUGGAUGUUCUGAGGGCUUCUGCUCCUCUCCCCCUUUCCUUUCCUCCCCAUUGUACCUGUUUUUGCAUGACCUCCAAUGGCCACUCUACUGAAAUGCUUGCGAUGCUCAUCACUGCGAUCCAUGUGCCAUCUGCCUCUUCGUGUGAUGUCAAUGGCUACGCACUCAAUCGCACAGAUUGAUGAGGAAGUAGCCAAGUUGCUUCACCUGAAAGCCCAAUUGGCUGAAGAUGAGCCCCACAAGUUUGUCCUCAAGACGGCCAAGGGCACGAGGGACCACAUGCCAGCCCAAAUGGCCUUGCGGGAGAAGGUUUUUACCACGAUUAUCUCAUGCUUCAAGAGGCACGGAGGAGAGGCCAUCGACACACCCAUUUUUGAGCUCAAGGACACGCUCACAGGCAAGUACGGGGAGGACAGCAAGCUCAUUUAUGACCUGGCAGACCAGGGAGGUGAGAUUCUGUCUCUGCGCUACGACUUGACUGUGCCCUUUGCCCGGUUCCUGGCCAUGAACAAAAUCAGCAACAUGAAGCGCUACCAGAUAGGCAAAGUGUACAGACGUGACAACCCUGCCAUGACGCGUGGACGUUACCGAGAGUUCUACCAGUGUGAUUUCGACAUUGCUGGACAGUAUGACCUUAUGUUGCCUGAUGUUGAGUGUGUAAAGAUUCUAGCUGAAAUACUGAAGGACCUUGGUUUUAAUGGCUUCGUCAUAAAGGUCAACCAUCGAGAGAUCCUCAAUGGAAUGUUUGAAUUUUGUGGUGUACCCGCAGACAGUUUCAAGACCAUCUGCUCUGCUGUUGACAAGCUCGAUAAGUUGCCUUGGGAGGAUGUCCGCAAGGAAAUGGUUUCUGAAAAGGGAUUGGCUGAAGAAGUGGCUGACAACAUUAACAAGUUUGUCGUCAAAAAAGGUGGUCCAGAACUUGUGACAGCUCUACUGUCUGAUGGCCUUGCUACUAAUGCGGCAGCCAAGAGAGGCCUGGAGGAAAUGAAGCUAUUCUUAGAAUAUUGUGACCUUUAUGGUAUCACCAACAAGGUGUCCUUCGACUUGAGCCUUGCACGAGGGCUCGACUACUACACAGGAAUCAUCUUUGAAGCGGUACUUACUGAUGAUGGUCAGCCAGGCGAGACUGUGGGCAGUGUAGCGGCAGGAGGGCGCUAUGACAACCUCGUGGGCAUGUUUGAUGCCAAGGGACGGGCUGUGCCAUGCGUGGGCAUUAGUGUCGGCGUCGAGCGAAUUUUCACUCUUCUUGAAGCAAGAGCUCUGGCGGAACAGGCCAAGCUGAGGACGAAUGAAACGGAGGUUUUUGUGGCGUCUGCUCAGAAGCAGCUGGUUCGGGAGAGGAUGAAGAUCUGCUCUGAGCUCUGGGACCAUGGGCUGAAGGUGGAGCAUUCUUACAAGCAGAACCCUAAACUGCUGGCGCAACUUCAAUACUGUGAGGAGCGAUCGAUCCCACUGGCGAUCAUCAUCGGUGAAUCAGAAUUGCAAAAAGGUGUGGUCAAACUAAGGAAAGUGGCCACCAGGGAAGAGUUUGAAGUUCCCCGUGACAAGAUGACCACCGAGAUCAGGAACUACCUGAAGAACAUGAGCAGCCAACAGGAGAGGGCGUGACGAUAAUUACCUUGUUACAGUGUACUUUCAAAGUUAUUUAUUGUUUGCGAGUAUGGCUGUUGGCGCCAUUAAACGGAUCGCAGAAACUGGAAAAUAAACCUACUCUCUUAGUGUUUGUUAA